AUGAACCGGUUAGGCGGGCUGUCCUUGCCCUUGAGGCCAGUAUGUCUGUUCUGUCGAGCUCAGACUUCCCUUGCCCUGUCUCCUCUUCAGGGAGGACAGGCUGUACGAUCGAUUGCCACAGGGCGCCUCCGCCGCAGAGCCCGCAUGACUCUCUCUAAAGAUGUCGCCAAAUCAUCCCUCAAGCCGAAACGAACAGACCGCGGUAAAUUAGGGCCGUUUCCCAACAUGAAUCAGACACGAGCGCGAGUUCGUGAAGAUCCAAGGUCACGGUCACCGGCCGCCUUGAAACGUUCCGGAGAGACAGAAGAGAAGCCAGCGAUGAAUACCGAAAGUCCGCUUUACAAGGCCCUGAAGAUGCAGACUGCUCUAGCACCUAUCUCCUACGGAAAACGAACAGCAAUCAAAGCCAAGAUUGCAGAAAUCACGAGCUUCGAUGCCUUCACUCUCCUUCCCAUUGUCCGGAAUUCGAUUUUCUCGCAAGCCCUUCCUGGGAUAGCCGAUGCUGUUCCCACUCCUAUCCAACGAGUCGCCAUACCAAGACUUCUUGAAGAUGCUCCAGCGAAGAAGCAAGCUAAGAAGGUGGACGACGAUGAACCUCAGUAUGAGCAAUACCUUCUCGCCGCGGAGACCGGUUCGGGGAAGACGCUAGCAUACUUGAUCCCUGUGAUUGACGCGAUCAAACGCCAAGAGAUACAGGAGAAAGAGAUGGAGAAGAAGGAGGAGGAAAGGAAGGUGCGAGAGAGAGAAGAAAACAAGAAGAACCAAGCAUUUGAUUUGGAACCGGAAAUUCCCCCGCCAUCUAACGCAGGCAGACCGCGGGCAAUCAUUCUAGUACCAACAGCAGAAUUGGUUGCCCAGGUUGGAGCUAAGCUCAAGGCUUUCGCACACACAGUGAAGUUCAGGUCUGGUAUUAUUUCCUCUAACCUGACUCCUCGUCGAAUCAAGAGCACUCUCUUUAACCCCGCCGGGAUCGACAUCCUCGUCUCGACACCGCAUCUACUGGCUUCUAUCGCGAAAACGGAUCCCUACGUGCUCAGCCGUGUCAGCCACCUCGUACUGGAUGAGGCUGACUCCCUCAUGGAUCGAUCCUUCCUGCCAAUAUCAACGGAAGUUAUCAGUAAAGCAGCCCCGUCGCUGCAGAAGCUCAUCUUCUGUUCUGCCACCAUCCCCCGCAGCCUCGAUUCUCAGCUCCGCAAACUCUACCCGGAUAUUUGGCGUUUAACAACACCUAAUCUGCAUGCCAUCCCUCGGCGCGUACAGCUGGGCGUAGUUGACAUUCAGAAAGACCCAUACCGCGGGAACCGGAAUCUCGCCUGCGCGGACGUGAUCUGGUCUAUUGGCAAAAGCGGAGCAGGGAGCGAUGAGGCCGGCAGCCCGUGGUCUGAGCCGAAGACUAAGAAGAUUCUCGUCUUUGUCAACGAGCGCGAGGAAGCCGACGAGGUUGCGCAAUUCCUCAAAUCGAAAGGUAUCGACGCCCAUUCAUUUAACCGCGACUCAGGCACCAGAAAACAAGAAGAGAUUCUCGCCGAAUUCACCGAACCAGCCGCCGUCCCCACCGCGGAAGAAAUCCUGCUCGCCCGCAAGCAGCAGCAACGCGAAAAUAUUAACAUUCCCUUUGUGCUUCCUGAACGGACAAAUCGAGACACUGAACGCCGCCUUGAUGGCGUCAAGGUCCUUGUCACCACCGACAUUGCGUCACGCGGUAUCGACACCCUAGCCUUGAAAACCGUUAUUCUCUACCAUGUUCCCCACACAACUAUCGACUUUAUCCAUCGUUUGGGUCGUCUAGGACGUAUGGGUAAGCGUGGACGGGCGGUUGUUUUGGUUGGCAAGAAGGACCGCAAGGAUGUGGUCAAGGAGGUUCGUGAGGUCUGGUUUGGUUUAGACUCAUAA